CCGCUCCAGGCCAUGAUGACUCUGCAAUUAAUCAUGUUUGCUCUGGUGACAGGGCACGUCGGGGGAGAGACCAGAAUCAUCAAGGGCUACGAGUGCCCCCCUCAUUCUCAGCCCUGGCAGGCCGCUCUGUUCCAGAAGACGAGGCUGCUCUGCGGGGCCACACUCAUCGCCCCCAGAUGGCUCCUGACAGCAGCCCACUGCCGCAAGCCCCGAUACGUGGUUCGCCUGGGAGCGCACAGCCUCCAGCGGCAGGACGGCUGUGAGCAGACCCGAACUGCCACCGAGUCCUUCCCCCACCCAGACUUCAACAACAGCCUCCCCAACAGAGACCACCGCAACGACAUCAUGCUGGUGAAGAUGAGGACCCCGGCCCACCUCACCUGGGCCGUGCGACCCCUCACCGUGUCACCAUGCUGUGUCCCCGCUGGGGCCAACUGCCUCAUUUCCGGCUGGGGCACCAUGUCCAGCCCCCAGUUGCACCUGCCCCGUAACUUGCGGUGUGCCAACGUCACCAUCAUCAAGCACGGGGAGUGUGAGGACGCCUACCCUGGCAACAUCACAGACACCAUGGUGUGUGCCAGUGUCCGCAAAGAGGGCAAAGACUCCUGCCAGGGUGACUCUGGGGGCCCUCUGGUCUGUAACGGGUCUCUUCAAGGCAUCAUCUCCUGGGGCCAGGAUCCAUGUGCUGUCUCCAAAAAGCCUGGUGUUUACACAAAGGUCUGCAAAUAUGUGGACUGGAUCCAGAAGACCAUGGAGAACAAUUAG